GGCGGGGCCGGGAGGGCGCGGCGUGAGCGGCGCCGGAGGCUGCGGGAGGCUGCGGGGGCUCCGCGUCCUGCCCGGCCUCCAGCGCGGGGCUGGGCUGCAGGGACCGCGUCCCGCGAUGCCCCAGCGUGCCUGAGGCCCGGCAGCCGCGGGGAUGGAGCUGAAGGUGUGGGUGGACGGCAUCCAGCGGGUGGUCUGCGGCGUCUCGGAGCAAACCACCUGCCAGGAGGUGGUCAUCGCUUUGGCGCGGGCCAUAGGUCAGACGGGGCGCUACGUCCUGGUGCAGAAGCUCCGGGAGAAGGAGCGGCAGCUCCUCCCGCUCGAGUGCCCCUUGGAGUCGCUGGCCAAGUGCGGGCAGUAUGCCAACGACGUGCAGUUCAUCCUGCGGCGGACAGGCCCCAGCAUGGCCGAGCGGCCCUCCUCGGAGGGCGCUCCCCAGGCUCCCGAGAGGACUUUCAUCCGGGCCAGCCUGCCCAUCAAGCCCCGUACCGUGAGCACCGAGGCGCCCCGGCCCCGGGAGCCCAAGAAAUCGAUGACCUUCAACUUGGGUCCCAUGGGCUCCGGCGAGCUGUUUGCUAAGAGCCGCUGGAGGCAGCACGCCUGGGAGGGGAUGGAGCUGAAGGACGGCGGGGCCGGCCAGCUCUCCAAGGAGGAGCUGUUUAAGAUGGUGCUGCGGCAGCAGGAGCAGCUCAGCUCCUUGGAGGCCCACGGGGACACCCUGGAGACGGACCUGCGGUUCUGGGAGCACGGCCGGGCCCCCAGCCAGGAGGACGAGAUCCUCUACCUGGAGCACCUGGUGCGGAGGAACGAGACGGAGCUGGGCGAGGAGGAGUUCUGGCAGAGCGAGCUCCGGCUGGAGAAGGAGUGCGAGCGGGAGAGGCAGGAGCGGGUGAGGAGCCUGCGGGCCAGCCUAGAGGAGUACACGCAGAGGAUCUACGAGCUGAGCGCCCGCACCGAGGCCCUGCAGAAGGAGAUCCAGUGGGAGAUGGCCGAGAGGGCCAAGAGGGGCAAGGAGAGCCCUGUGCCGAGCCCCACGGACCUGGAGGACAUGGCUGCCAAAAUGAAAAGGGAUCUGGAAGCUAAAGUCAAGCAGGGCACGCAGCUGGAGAGCAACCUGGCCAGCGUGGAGAAGGCCCUGGAGGAAGCCGAAAGGUCCCUGCAGGCCCAGAACCAAGAGCUGGAGGAGUUAAAUAAGGAGCUGAGGCAGUGUAAUUUGCAGCAGUUUAUUCAGCAGACGGGAGCCACGGUGACCGUCGGGCAGGCCAGGUCUGAGGAGGACGCCCAGCCGGAGCCGAGCCCGCGUGAGCUGCCAGCCUGCCGGAGGAACGGAGGGUUUCCCCCCUCCAGCAGCGACUCGCCUCCCCGCUCCAGCACCAAGCAGCUCCUCGGCCAUCCCCGGACCCUGCCGGAGCCCCUGGUGUCCAGCCUGAACCCCGAGGUCAUAUCAACCAGGCAGAGCAUCUGGAGGUAGAAGGGCACAGCCAGUGGACGAUUGAUUGCCUUGCAAGUGUAACUGUAUAAAUAAAACCAUAUUCCAUAUAUAUAUAUAUUAUAUUUUUUACUGCUUUAUAUCGUGAAUGGAUGUGGAUGGCCAGAGUAUUUUUACAGACUAUACUAUAAAACAAAGACUGACCAGACAAAGCAACCCUCUUCCCCUGUGGAUGAAACAACCCCCUUCUAUUUUUUUAAAGUGCUUUCCAUAUUUAACACACAAUGGCAGUGCUCACGUUCUGCGUGGCCUUCCCAAAAGACCCACGGUGUGUUUCGAGAAGCCCUCGUUCCUUUGACCGGCAGGGCGGAGCUGCAUCGGGACGGCCCGGGUGACAUCUCUUGUGGCAGAGACCUGCCCUCAGGCUGCUUAUGAGACUUGCUCGGUGAAGCAGGCGAAGCGGACGGCGGGACCUGGUGCCACGUUUCGGAGCGCUUUCCCCAGCGAGCCCCAGCGCUGAUGACGGUGAAGGAGCUGCCGGAGUCCGGGCCUCAUCCUGUGUCGUGCUGCGGCAUUCCCUCGGCUGUGCUCAUUCACGUGAAACGGGAAGAAAUGGGUGGCCUUACAGCAUCCCGCCGCAAAGAAGCGGGGCCGCGAUGCCCUGUCCUAGCGUGAGGGGAGGACUCCGUCGUCUUAGUCACCUGCCUCCGAUGCCCUGAAGCCAUCCUGACAGCCAGCAGGUGAACGCCUGAGGAACCCAGCGCCACUUUUGGUGCGUGCACGGAGCCUGCAGUACCACUGCCCCGCGGGAGAGUCCCUGAGAGCAGCUGACCCCUGCCACGAGGCACGCAUCCGUCCUGGGGCCGACCUGGCUGCCUGUGACCACCAGCACCCUGCCCUCCUCGCCUCGCACCGAAGCACGGCGUAGAUAGUCCUGUUUGCCAAGCUGCCCUCCUCGGGUUCGACCCUCUGCGGAUGUUUGCACGACCUGGAGGGGCUGCGUGCGCCCCAAAUCCCACAGCAGCCCCCAAAAGUCCUGUUUGGGGGCAGCGGAGGGGACGCUCUGGGUACGGCUGCCCUGCCGACGUCUCCAUCCUCGCUGCGCACCUGCUGCGGGGUGGCUGCCUCAGCCAGAGACUUUUGGGGGAAGCAGAAAGCACGGAGAUGCCCCAGGACUAUCGGAUGGGUUGGUGGGUUUUAAAAACAGCCUUUAUACUGGCCAGGGGGCACACGAGCAGCUUUUUUAGACAACUUUCUGCCCCCUUUUUUACUGUAAGAAACCUGUACUAGAAACCCCCUUUCCGUGGUGCUAAGAGGGAGGGAGAAGUGAGCAGCCAUUCCCUGGCCACAGAGGGGACAACCAGGCUUCGAGGAGACAGGGACACGUGUGGAGACUUUUUUUUUUUUUUUUUUUUUUUGCCUUAAGUCCACUUAGUUUUUAAACUUGUUCUUAAAUCAGUACUAUGCCAGCAGGAUGAGCCCCUCCCUGGCUGCCCAUGGCUGGAGUGUGCAGGACAGAAACGCUUUUGGUGACAUUUCACUGAAUGUUUUUUUUUUUUUCUUAGUUUGUGUUCUUGUUUUUUUGGUUGUGUUUUUUAUUUUUUUUUUUCCUUGAUGGCCAGUAGUUCCUCUUGUUUCUGUUCAUCUGUCCCACUGGGUUCUGCUGUAUUUUUAAUUGUGAAGCCAAAGUGGCCGAGGGGGCCCAGGGAGGGGACAGGUUUGUCCAGGGGGUCCCAGUGCCCCGGCGUCUUUGUUUUCUACGUGUCCUCUCCGUUGUAUGCAAAAAAAAAAAAAAUGUGACUUGGACGCUGUGUUCACUGUAAAACACACUUUCCGUGUAUGAAUGUAUCCUGCGCGCUACGGCAUUGUCUGGUUUCAAUUUUCAAUAAAUCUUUUGGAAAGGAUUUGUGUAAAGCGAGCCUGCACGUGCUGCUGGA